CUAAAGUAUGCUGCAUGUACGCGCAUCAGUGUGAAACUACGGUACUACGAAUGCUUUGGAUGAAAUUUGUAUUACACCUGUUAAGUGGAUGCUUGAACAAAUGGAAACGGAGUAGGAAUACGAACUAUGCAACUGAAACCUAUUUUGAUACAUAUUUUAAUUUUUUUAAAGAUUCAUUAAGCUUUUUACGACUGUUAUAGUGAGAAGUUCCAAAAAUUCAGUGAAGCAUCUAUUGGAACAUAUAACAUAAAUAAAAAGUUCUCAUGCUUUAUUCAAAAUUAGGAUAUGUUUCUGUCAGUAGAUUGCGGGCAGCUUUAAGAUUCUAGUGUCUGUUAUGUUGUCUGUCAUUUUAGUUUUGUACAUUAUAUUGCAAAAUGUCAGCAGCAUACCAUAUGAUGAGAUAAAAAAUGUUGUCUCCCUCGAUCCUGAAAUAUUUGAUGAAAGAACUUCAAAUGGAAGCUGGCUUAUUAUAUUUUACCGAAAAUCCUGUGGACACUGCAUACAGUACUCUCAAACCUUUCUAGAACUUACAAAAUCUAUUGAAAGUAUCGUCUUAAAAACUUCAUAAACCAAAGAAACAUUAAUAACUCUUAGAUUGGAGAUGGGUUCUUAAUCUGGGCAGUGUUGAUUGUGAAAAUGAAAAAAAUAUGGUUUUAUGUGAACGGUUCGAUAUAGAAAUGGUUCCCACUCUUCAGUUUCUUUCCUCAAAAGAAGGCCAACAAAUAUCAGAAAAAAUUGUAGCCUACAUGGAAAUAGAUGAUUUAAGGCACAUAAUUGCUUCCAAGUUACUUAAUGUCUCUACUCUACAGCUUACAAGAGAGUUGGCUGUUAACGACCCUUUUAUAGUUACAAGUAAUAGCGCAGUAACUAACGCACUGAUAACACUGGAUUAUAGUUUGCCUUUGAAGCGACGGUUCACCAGCAUCACGAAGGAAGAAGCGACGGAUAUUGAGAUCAAAAGUUCUCUAAAGAAAUCGGUAGUUGUCAGAGGUACUGGAGAAGAAGUUAGAAAAGUACUUGACCGAAUGUCGAAUAUAUUACCAAGUUUGGAGGAGGUUCCCGAACCAGAUGUGGUUAAAAUUAAUGAAUUUCCUACCAAAUAUUUGCCAGUUUAUGGAGCUGAUAUUUAUAGAUCGUUAAGUAUGUUGUUACAAUCAGAUGUUAGUGCACGUGGUGUUAUACAAGGAACAUCCUUGGCAGCGCUUAAACAAUUUCUUCAGACGCUACAUGAAUUACUUCCAACUUCAGAAGAAUACAAAGUAUACCUAUCAAAAGUAUCUGCUUGGUUAAAUACUAAAACAAGUAUAACAGGUCAAGAAUGGCGUGAAUUUCUUAAAGAAAUUAAUUUCCCAAUGUAUACAGGACCAUUUAUUGGUUGUCGUGGCAGUAAGCCUCAUUUCCGAGGAUAUCCGUGUGGUUUGUGGACUUUAUUCCAUGCAUUGACUGUGCAACAGUAUUUAUUGUCAACUACUAAAUCAGAGCCUCAAGUGGAUACAGUAGCACACGCUUUAAAUCGUUUUGUUCCACAAUUCUUCUCCUGUACCUACUGUGCAUUUCAUUUUGCACAGAAUACAGCCAAUAUAGUAAAACCAGGUGAAUCAAUAUUACCACAGGAUCGUCCUACUCCUUCUCCAGAAGAAUUUACUUUCGAUGAAACAAUCAUUCCUACUUUACCGAAAGCUCCAAUCACUCCAAGGGAUAGUGUGCUAUGGUUGUCUCUUGUACAUAAUCGUGUGAAUAAACGUUUAGCUGGCCAAUUGUCUGAAGAUCCAAGUGCACCUAAAGUUCAAUUUCCCUCUGUUGAUAUAUGUCCUAAAUGUUGGGCUCCAAAUUCUAAAGGUGAAUUACAACUGGGGAAAAAUCCACAAACAGAAGAAGCCUAUUUCCAGUUUCUUGUUGAACGUUAUGAGAAAUCAUCAUGGAAUUAUGACCAAUUACCUGUAAUGUUUAUUUCAAAUGAUUUAUUCAAUUCCAUGGUGAACUAUCCCAGUAAUUGCGUAAAGUAACACUGUUUUUAGUUUACACUAACCUAAUUAACUUCUGAUAAAUGCCAGCCCCCCUUACCCACCUUCCAUAUUGGUAUCUUGCAAGCGCACAUUGAAUGUUUUCUCAAGCAAAAAAAAUACACGUUAACAAUGAGUAUUCAAUAAUCUUGAGGAACGAGGGUUUUGCUUUUUUUGCCUUCAGUGAAGAGUUUUCUUCACAUCUAUUUCUGCGUGUUAUUUUAUACUUAAUUUUAUUUAAUAUGCCUUAAUAGUUUGUUUUUUUUUGGUUUUACGAUUUGUUCACAUCUGUUAUCCAGUAUUUUCACUACAGAUUGUUGUUUUCUUACAGAGUUCAGCACACACACAAGACACAACAUUUGCUUAUGUUUUUUAAAAUUAUUUUUGUAAUUCUUACUUAUUUUUUAUUAUUUUGUAACUGUUACAAUAUAUGUGGACAGUAUAUUUGAAUGGUAGUCGGUAAUUGGUUUUCAGAUUGUUACUACUUCAUGAUACACAAUAUCACUGAAUUCAGUUCGUUCAUGCUGUUAUCCCUGACUACUAUGACUGCAUGCUGAAGAAUUAUUAUUACUGUUAUUCCCUUAGGUUUCGAGUGGGACAUAGGACUUCUACAGCACUUCUCCAUUUUAUUCUGUCCUCUGAAAUCCUCUUCAUGCGGCUCCACAAUUGCCCAUAAGCCUUUGCGGCCUUUCCACAUGAUCUACUCCAUGUCACUCUCGGAACUAUACCCAGUUUGGCGUUUCCCAUUCGGGUCUCACUUGAGUGAUGGCCUGGCGUACUAUGUCCUCCAACGGUCUCCUCAGUGUGUGUCCAAUCCAUCUUCAUUUUCUUCGUGAUAUUUAUUGAUCAGUAGAUUCUUGAUUGUUUUGUCCCCAGAGGUCAUUGUUGCUAAUUCUUUCUA